AUGAGAGUCACCGCUCUCUUCGUCAGCGAGGAGCGGGGAGUUGCAGGGCGACGAAAGGGAAGGCGUAGAGGACAAAAUAAGAGGGGCAACAGACGGUACCUCUACGCCCGUACCCAGGACAUAUACAAAAAGGAACCAGGCAUUCUUGCCAAACACGUCAGUAACAACGUGGACUGGCUGGAGGAACCAGGGCUCCUGCAUGCGCAUUGCUAUGCGCAACUCACCCCGGUAUCGGAGUUCGCACUCCAUCAUUAUUUGUUCCUCCUCUUCAGUGAAGAUCACCAAUCUUCUUUGUCGAGGAGACCGCCGUGUACCCGCUGCCCUAGCUUCGUUUCGGAGGGAGUCAGAACUCGUGACAUAACGUCACGUCACCCCACCCGCAAGAGGAAACUUGAUACAAAUGAGGGAAAACCAAUUAAAUCCCCUCCAGCGGGUGGGAAAUCGACUGCCGGUGGCCCAACAGCCACCGGAACCAAAUUGGCAGGCUCAAGUACUAUUUCUCUAAUACCAGGGCCCAGUAAUACGGUGACCCUGCAGCCUGCCAAUUCUGCACCAUACAGGUGCCAUAUAUGCGAGAGGCCUUAUGAAACAAAGAGUGGCCUCAAUAAGCAUCUUUUAACAUGCGGCAAACGUGAUAGAACCAAAUGCCAAUACUGCAAUGCAGGAUUUACAACAUACACAGGGGUGCGGCUUCACGAGCAGAAGGCACACCCUGAACCAGAAAAUGACAACAGGAGGAGGGAACUACGAAGGCCUGAUUCCGAAAUCUACGAUAUACUGGCAACCAUCGAAACCCAGACGCAUAAAGGCCCUUUUAUGGCGAAAAUGGUUGCGGAAUCAGGUCUGACGAAGGACCAAAUACGGCAUCGAAGGGACAAACCUAUUUAUAAGCAAUACCUCGAUGCCGCUACGAAGAAACAACUAAUCCCUUCUCCCAGUGUGCCCUGUGAGCCGCCCACCUGCCUAACGAGCGAGAAGAAUGACUAUCAGGCAGCGACAUCGACGCCACCAUCAGCUCGCGACGAUGUCAAAGAAGGUGAGUGCUCCGCCGCGGUUGCGUCCACACUAUUGCCACUCUCUCCAGAUCCGACGACAAACAGGAGGAGGAUUCGGCAGGAAUCGAUGUCGCCUCUGUCGCAGCCUACAGUAAGGAGACCCCGCACCGAAGCAGAUAACCUCACCGCCAACUCCCCCGCACAGGUCGAACAAACCCAGGUGGUCAUUGAACCAGCGCUGCGCGAAUACUUCGCGUCUGAACGCGAAGCAGCGCUGGCCAAUGGGAACGGCCAUCUGGCGGACCUGUGCCAGGCAGGAUCAUCGCUAGCGAUUAACGAUCUUGCCUCUUAUCUAGACAAUUGGAUACUAGAACUAUUCCAAAAAGGGGGGAGGAAAUACAACUCAAAUGGUUACAGAGGGGGACAAAAACCAAAAAAUUACGGAGGUACUAGACCAGGAAGAGGUCCACGGGUAGAAUCGUACAAAAAGGCCCAGGAUCUCUACCUCCAUAACAAAACAGCUCUAGUGGAUAAAAUUAUCUCAGGGAUUCCACUAGACUCUACCGAAGAGGUACCCCCUCUAAAAGCGGUUGAGGAACUUACCGUCCAUCUGUACUGA